AUGGGCCCGACUCACGUGAUCUACCUUGAAGCUCCCCGGCGAAGCAAGCUCCCCCAAGGACCAUUCACCGGCCCAUCUGCAUCGCGCAUCUCCAACGCCUUCACGAACUCCCAUCCCCCCCAACCCAUCGAACUCCUUUUUAUCCAAUCUCUAUUUACUCUCAUUUUCCCAGCCUCCACUAUGGGAGACGUUGCCGUGGAGAGCCCGGCGAACAGCCUCACGCCUCUUCCCAAGCCAGGCGCACUGGACGCCCUCGCCAAUUUGGAUUCCCUGGAAGGAGCUGGCGCUGAUGGAAAUGACGAAUACGCUACCCUCAAGCGGUUACAGAGACACCUAGAAUACAUCCAGUUGCAGGAGGAAUACAUCAAGGAUGAGCAAAGGCAUGUUAUCUCCGCCGAUUUGACACGAAGGAUCCGAGAACUGACUGUUUUGGAAGAGAUCAAGCGGAUACAGAGUGUGCCGCUGGUUAUUGGUCAAUUCAUGGAGGCUAUCGAUCAGAACCAUCGUCAUCGGUCGCCCUGCACCGUCACUCCAACGCCCUCGUCGAUAUCCUCCCCCCCCGAGGCUGACUCCUCCAUCGCCAUGCUCGGCGAUAACGAGAAGCCGGAUGUGACCUAUGCCGAUGUUGGUGGCUUGGACAUGCAGAAGCAGGAGAUUAGGGAAGCUGUCGAAUUGCCGUUGACACACUUUGACCUUUACCAACAAAUUGGUAUUGAUCCUCCCCGUGGUGUUUUGCUGUAUGGCCCCCCCCGGUACCGCUUCAUCCGCGUGAACGGCUCCGAAUUCGUACAGAAGUAUCUGGGUGAAGGGCCUCGAAUGGUUCGCGACGUGUUCCGGAUGGCACGCGAGAACUCACCGGCUAUCAUCUUCAUUGACGAAAUCGAUGCCAUCGCCACGAAGCGUUUCGAUGCUCAGACCGGUGCCGACCGUGAAGUGCAGCGUAUUCUGCUGGAGUUGCUGAACCAGAUGGACGGUUUCGAACAGACUAGUAACGUCAAGGUCAUCAUGGCCACCAACCGAGCGGAUACUCUCGACCCCGCCUUGCUUCGUCCUGGUCGUCUGGACCGCAAAAUCGAAUUCCCCAACCUGCGCGAUCGACGUGAGCGCCGUUUGAUCUUCUCCACCAUCGCGUCUAAGAUGUCUCUAUCUCCCGAGGUGGAUCUCGACUCCCUGAUCGUCCGGAAUGAUCCCCUUUCUGGUGCCGUGAUUGCUGCAAUCAUGCAGGAAGCCGGUCUACGGGCGGUUCGCAAAAACCGAUACAACAUCAUCCAGUCCGACCUGGACGAUGCCUACGCUGCCCAGGUGAAGAGUGGCCAGGAUGAUGACCGUCCCGACUUCUACCGGUAA